AAUUUGUAUUUGCUCCAAAAGUAGCUUCUUUGCUCUUUUUAUUUGCUAAUAAAAACUCUUAAAAAAAUUAUAUUAUACUCUAUGCUUACAACACAAAGGGCGUGAGGAUGAAUUCUGACCUUGUAACUUUAGCCCGGCACUCAAUUGCUUUGCAAAAAGAAAAUCCUGAGGCUAGUGGUGAUUUCACUUUGUUGAUGGCUUCUAUUCAGCUUGGCUGCAAAUUUGUUGCUUCUAAUGUAAGGAAAGCAGGCCUUGCAAACUUAACAGGCUUGGCUGGAUGUAAAAACAUUACUGGAGACGAUCAAAAAAAAUUAGAUUUAAUCGCUGAUGAUGUUUUUGUAAAUUCUCUUAAGUCUAGCGGAAAAGUUAGUGUUCUGGUGUCUGAAGAGAGGGAAGAAGCAAUUAUUAUAGAAGGAGAACAGAGUGGGAAUUAUGCAGUUGUUUUUGAUCCCCUCGAUGGAUCUUCUAAUAUUGACUGUGGAGUAAGUAUAGGCACGAUAUUCGGAAUUUACCGAUCAGAUCGCCCAAGUUACAGCAAUAAAGAUGUUCUUCGACCAGGAAGGGAAAUGGUGGCUGCGGGAUAUGCUUUGUAUGGCUCUUCUACGCAACUUGUAGUUAGCUACGGGAAGGGCGUCCACUGCUACACGUUGGAUCCUUCACUCGGAGAAUUUAUCUUAACGCAAGAAAAUAUAGUAAUUCCCGAGCGAGCCACCAUCUACUCUGUGAAUGAGGGCAACUCUUCGUUGUGGGACAAACAAACUUGUGCGUUUGUGCUUUCAAGGAAAAGUCCGCUAAAAGGAAGAAAGCCGUACUCCUUGCGGUACAUAGGCAGCAUGGUGGCCGACAUCCAUCGGACUCUGCUCUACGGCGGCGUGUUUCUGUAUCCCCGCGACUCCAAAAAUCCCGCUGGGAAGCUUCGCCUGCUGUACGAGUGCUUCCCCAUGGCCUUCCUCAUCGAGGCUGCUGGAGGACGAGCAACGGACGGCAAAGACAAUAUUCUAGACAUUAUACCAACGUCUAUACACCAGCGAUCCCCUAUUUGCAUCGGAAGUAGACUUGACGUUUCCGAACUGGCAACGCUCUACAUAGAGAUGGACCAAAUAUAAUAAAUUCUGUCAAC